GCUGGGCCGUGGCACGGCUGGAGGGCCGCGAGUUUGAAUACCUGAUGAAGAAGCGCUCGGUGACCAUCGGGCGCAACUCGUCGCAGGGCUCGGUGGACGUGAGCAUGGGCCACUCGAGCUUCAUCUCCCGGCGCCACCUCGAGAUCUUCACGCCCCCGGGCGGCGGCGGCGGCCAUGGCGGGGCCGCCCCGGAGCCGCCGCCCGCGCAGCCCAGGCCUGACGCUGGCGGUGACUUCUACCUGCGCUGCCUCGGCAAGAACGGCGUGUUCGUGGACGGCGUGUUCCAGAGGCGCGGGGCGCCGCCGCUGCAGCUGCCGCGCGUGUGCACGUUUAGGUUCCCGAGCACAAACAUCAAGAUAACGUUCACUGCCCUGUCCAGUGAGAAGAGGGAAAAACAAGAGGCGCCUGAGUCCCCGGUGAAGGCUGUGCAGCCACACAUCUCACCCCUGACCAUCAACAUUCCAGACACCAUGGCCCACCUCAUCAGCCCCCUCCCAUCCCCCACAGGAACCAUCAGUGCUGCAAACUCCUGCCCAUCCAGCCCCCGGGGAGCAGGGUCUUCAGGGUACAAGAUGGGCCGAGUGAUACCAUCUGACCUCAGUUUAAUGACUGACAGCUCACAGCCAGAAAAUGAAAAGGAAGCUUCAGGUGGAGACAGCCCAAAGGAUGAUUCAAAGCCACCUUAUUCCUAUGCACAAUUAAUAGUACAAGCAAUUACAAUGGCUCCUGACAAACAGCUCACCCUAAAUGGAAUCUAUACGCACAUCACUAAAAAUUAUCCAUACUACAGGACUGCAGACAAGGGCUGGCAGAAUUCAAUUCGCCACAAUCUCUCUCUGAAUCGUUAUUUCAUCAAAGUACCGCGUUCCCAGGAAGAACCAGGCAAAGGCUCAUUCUGGAGGAUAGAUCCUGCCUCUGAAAGCAAAUUAAUAGAGCAGGCUUUUAGGAAAAGACGGCCUAGGGGCGUGCCUUGCUUUAGAACCCCUCUGGGACCGCUGUCUUCUAGGAGUGCCCCAGCUUCUCCCAAUCAUGCCGGAGUGCUAUCUGCUCACUCCAGUGGUGCCCAGACCCCUGAGAGUCUCUCAAGGGAAGGUUCGCCGGCCCCUCUGGAGCCUGAGCCUGGCGCCUCACAGCCCAAACUUGCCGUCAUCCAGGAAGCCCGGUUUGCCCAGAGCGCACCAGGGUCACCUCUGUCCAGUCAACCAGUCUUAAUCACCGUCCAGCGGCAGCUACCACAGGCCAUCAAGCCUGUCACCUACACUGUGGCCACCCCGGUGACCACCUCCACCUCCCAGCCACCCGUUGUGCAGACGGUUCACGUCGUCCAUCAGAUACCAGCGGUGUCAGUCACCAGUGUGGCUGGACUAGCUCCAGCGAACACGUAUACUGUCUCUGGACAAGCUGUGGUUGCUCCGGCAGCCAUGCUGGCCCCUCCUAAGGCAGAGCCACAGGAGAACGGAGAUCACAGGGAAGUCAAAGUGAAAGUAGAACCUAUUCCUGCCAUCAGCCACGCCACUCUGGGUGCUGCCGGCCGGAUCAUUCAGACACCUCAGACCACCCCUGUCCAGACGGUCACCAUAGUACAACAGGCACCUCUAGGUCAACACCAGCUACCAAUAAAAACUGUAACGCAAAACGGGACUCACGUGGUGCCAGUCCCCACUGCAGUCCACGGCCAGGUGAACAAUGCAGCGGCGAGUCCUUUACACAUGUUGGCAACCCACGCGUCCGCAUCGGCCUCCCUGCCCACAAAGCGCCAGAAUGGUGACCAGCCGGAGCAGCCAGAGCUGAAGCGGAUCAAGACGGAAGACGGCGAGAGCAUCGUCAUUGCCCUGAGUGUAGACACGCCACCGGCAGCUGUGAGAGAAAAGGGUGUCCAAAACUAGCGACUGGGAGAGUUUUCUUACUUUAAAAAUAUCAACUUUGUGGUGCCAAAAGGAGACAUCGCCUCCCACCGAUGCUUGGUGGGUGCAGGGCCCUGCGGUUGGACUUCACCUCUCAGCACUGAAAACACAAAACCCAGGUGGCCUUAAAACUCCUUACUUCCUUAAAGACACAAGUCACACUUGAACAAAACCACACACAACAAAACCUGAUUCCGUAGACCAUGUCUCCCCGCCGAGAACUCGCCGGGCUGCCUUUGGGCUCAGCUUUUAACUACGAGUAAAACUCACAGUCCUUCUGCAAGGACUGAGCACCUCAUGUGAGAAGGGUGCGAUCAGCGCCUGGUGCAAGCAAGCGCAUCUCCCAGGACUGGGCCCUCCUCAAGAGGAUGCGGCAGGGGCCACCCCGCUCUCGCAGGACCCACCAGCUGGCGCUGGGAGGCAGGACAGUGUUUUGUUGUUCACAUGUGGAAUUAGAAUAUUUCGAGGUGUACUUUCUCUACAAAAUAAUGGGGUCUUUGACAUUUCACAUCACUCCAUUUCUACUCUGGAAAUUUUGGAAUCACACAGGACCUUUCAUGUGGAUUUCAUUUGGGGAAGAGAAACAGCGUAGUUUUGUUUGUUUUGUUGUUUGUUUUCGGCCUAUGGAAUGAUUUACUUUUGUCUGUCUUGUUAAAGUUCAGAUGGAGCUACUUUAUGACAUCUGCAAAUUUUCCAUGUUAGAGCAGUUGCCUGAUGAAUUUAAUCCACCUCCAUUUCAGUGCGUGGGACGGAUGGAUGGACACUGCGGCACGUGUAACCAUGAGAACCCAGGGACGAGCCCAUGUCGGGAACUGCCGGGACUCAAUCCGAGCUGCACUUAACUGUUUUCUUUCUUGCUAUUUUUCGUUGUUUGUUUCUUUGUGUUGAUUUUGUCCCUGGCAAAAUUUUCCACUCUAAGUAAAACAAGUCUCCUAAGUAUUGUGUAUGUUUAAAAUGACAGAACCAUUACUACUUCAUUUGGAAAAAAAGAUUUAAUCUUUUAUCACAUGCCCUUUUCAAACAAAGUGCAGAUCUCUCCGUGGUGUGUUCACUGUUUUAGGUGUCGUCCCUGGCCCUAGGCAUCAUCAAACCAGCUGUCUCCUCAGUUACGUUGCCAUGUUCCCACUCAUGGUGAGAGCAGCUGUGCCGUGGCAGAGCAGGCACUGCCUGUCACACGAGGGUCUGAGCCAGCAUCCUGUGGUGAAACGCUGGAAUAAUCUAGGUCAUUUCUGAUUUGCAGUAGGACACGUCCCUGACCUUUCAGAACUGAAUACAGUCCUAAGCCUGACUUCUCUCCUGUAAAACAUGAAAGUGAGAGGAAAGGUGAGAGAAUGAUGCGGGAGGCCCCUCAGCCUCAGCCCAGACUCAGGAAGCAAACCACUCGCUGAAUGUUCUGGGGUUAGGGCCGAGCAGCAGUGCACAUAGAAAUAGGGCUUUAGCCUUAUUGUGAAUUUUUUAAUAUCAUCAUAACAUUAUUUAUUUAAAUGUAGUUAUUUUGGUAUUUAAUUUUUUUUUUAAGAGAGGAAAACUAUUUUCCUGGUGGAAUGAAAUGGCUCAGAAUGGUAUAUUUAGGCAAUUUUAAGACAUUUAUUUACAUAAAGACCAAAUAUAAAUCUGUUCUAAGUAUUGUGUGGCAGUCUACAGUUUGGCACUGUCACAGUGUCAUUGCAGAUAAUGCAUACAAAAAAAUAUGAAAUCACUGCACACUAGCUGGAUUAUAACUCAGCCAUUUAAAAAAUAAAAAGGAAACCAUCAUGUGAAUGAGACCAUGUGUGUGACAGCAAACUAAAGCAUACUGAAUGGAUCAAAGCACCUCAGUGCAGCAAUCUGCAUCUUCCAAGCACUUUACAAAUCCUUGGAAUGUAUAUUUUUGUCUUCUUAUUCAGAAGGUUUGCAAUUGCAGAGUGAUUGGGAUCGUACUGUGUCCUGUGUGUGGGGUCAGGUCACUUCACAGAAGUGGGUCCAGAUCUGUAGGUCACAGCUAACACAGUCCUGACCAGAGACCAGGCCUUAGUUGAUGAAACAGGCAGGUCCAUCCAGGUGAGGAGAUUGCAAAUGAACUGUACGUCCUUCUGGAAACGUUCUUAUGCAGCUGUGUACAUCACCAUCCAGAAAAACGCUGUAAUAGAUUUUCCCUACAUAUAAGCUCAGUCCGUGAACUGGUUACUUGUGAUCCUAAAACACAGACUUUAUAGAGUCUAGAGGGAUUUUCCUGUUGGGAUCAUGGGAAAUAGAAAUGCCCAAAUCUCCAGUGUGAAAGAAGGGAGAUGUGUUUUUGUUUUUUUGUUUUUCCUGCUGCUGAAAAGCAGCAUUCUCCAUCUUGAGCCCAGACUAAAGUGUGCCUUUCCCAGAGGUGAGGCAUGUGCGCUCCUUUCUCCCCUCGUUAUCUUAUUCACUUUGCUUCUUCAUUGGUACAUAGGAAUUUAGAACAUCAAGGAGAAGACAGAAACAAAACCAUGGAUUAGCAAACUACCAUAAACCAGUUGUUUUUUUUUUAACCAGUCUUUAACGCACUGUUCUUAAAAUUUGAAUUUAGCCCUCGACAUACCAGGGGUCACUGAGCUGCUGUUACCAUGGCUCCUGGGGCUCACCAGGCCAUCAGGACAUGUCUCUCUCAUUCAUAAAUACGUUGCAGUGAACUCCCAGCUCUCCACUGUGGUUCCUUGGUGUCUUAUUUUCAAGAAAUCUUGACCUUUGCCAAACUUCUGAGCUCCUCAGGGACUAGAAACUUAAUUUCAGUAACUUUGCCCUGAACCAAACAAGAAUACAAAAGGGAAACUCACAUAUGAUCCAAAUUAUGUAGUGCAUUCCAAAGUGUAUGUGGCAUGAUUUUUGGAUUGCUCUUCCUCUCACUUCAGUAUAGUAUGCUCGUGGACAGUUGAUCUCCUUCAGUAUUCUACCCACUUCCGUCAUUGUCCUCUGCUAGAAUAACAGAGUAGUUGGUAGUCAUGGCCAGAAGGGGGGGUGGGGGGCAGUGUCAGGACUUGGGAUUUCUGUGCUAUGUGACAUAAGGAGAUAAGUGACAAUCUUGAAGUCCUAACUUCCACUAUUCUAGAAAGUAUAGUGGUAAUUUGUGUGCAAAGAUUUUAAAUUUUAAAAAGUACCAAGUUCCUGAAAUUCAAUAAAAUAUUUUUAUUAAUUUUAA